CGCAUUUAGAUAUUCUAAGUUCGUCACAAGAUGUCCCCUCUCAGGUUAUGCGGAGUCCGGCUCCACUCCGUCGGAGUGUUGGCUGUGUUAAUGUACAUCCUAGACACGUCUUUGGCUCAAGACGACCAAGGCUUCGUCCAAAACGAAGACUACCCGUCCGGUGUAUACAACGAAGUGCCCAAAAACUUGCUCUUCACGUGCGAUGACAAGCUGCCCGGGUACUACGCGGAUCCGCAAACUAAUUGCCAGGUAUGGCACUGGUGCGUGCCAAGCAUCGGUGGCAAUCUGCAAUACUCGUUCGUCUGCGCGCCUGGCACUGUGUUCAACCAGCGGCUAAGGGUGUGCGACUGGGACUACAAGACGGAUUGCCCGAACUCGCAGAGUUACUACGGCAUCAACGAGGAUCUAUACAAGGACGAAACUGGGAACUACAUUAACGGGAAAAAGUAGAUACAUAUUUUAUAAGGGUGUCCGCUA